CUGCUGGUGCCUGCUUACUUCCUCUUUGCACAUUAGUGAUUUCCUUAUUUACCAAAUGAUAGAAGAGACCUGUGUCAUUACAGAGUGUGUACACUAAAGUGGUGGAGGUUAUAGUUUACAGGCAGAGACACUGUAGUUCAGUGUUUUAGAGAACUGAGAUGUCAGAUCUAGAUCAGAAUUAUGUGAACUUUGCAGAGAAGAGAGGAGAGUACAUAGAGAGGGUGGUGGAAAUCUAUGACAAUGUAGAUGCUGUUAGAGGUCAGGACCUUAAAGAAGUAACAGAAGACAUCAAUGUGAAGAAAAACCUACAGACCAAACACACAGGUGGCACUGCUUGGGGCAGAUGUUUCAGCCUGACUGCAGUAAGUGUGCUGUUGCUGCUGCUGUGUAUUCUCUUGCUGACUGUCGUCACAGUGCUGUUGUUGAAAAACAAUAAACUGGACACAGAAAAGAACCAGUUCCAGUCCAGCUACAACACCAUGAAUACAGAGAGAGAGCGUUUACAGACCAGUAAUGACAAAAUGAGACUCCAGAUAAACCAGUUACAAUUUCAGAAAGACCAGCUACUGCUGCAAAGAGAUCAUUUAGAGCAGCAGAAAUCAAGCCUGAAAAACAUGCUUUUAAAGCUCGGAUGUGGAUUUUUCAGCUCAAGCAUUUACUGCAUAUCUGAUGUAAAGAAAGCCUGGAGUGAAAGCAGACAGGACUGUAUAAACAACGGAGCAGACCUGGUGAUUAUAAACAGCACAGAGGAACAGGAGUUCAUCAGUAAAAGAUUUGGUAACGCUGAAGCUUGGAUUGGUCUGUCUGACACAGAAAUCGAGGGGAAUUUUAAAUGGGUUGAUGGUACACUACUGACAACUUCGUUCUGGUGGAACGGAGAACCCAAUGACUAUGGGGGAAAUGAGGACUGUGCUAUAACAGGUUAUAAAUUUGCUAAAUUUAAUAUUUCAACCUGGGCUGAUUUUCCCUGUGACUUUCCUGGAUUUGGAAUUUGUGAGAUGAAAAUAUUUAACUGAGCACACUGGAGUCAGACACUGUAAUAAAAAAAAAAAAAAAGUUGGAAUUCAAUUACAAAACAACUGUGUGAAACUAAUGUCUGUGUUUCUUUUACAUUUAUUCUCACAAUUGUAUUCCUUAAGUAGCUUGAAUGAUUCUGUGUAAUGGUCUUGUGUAGGCUGAAAAACAAAACUCAAGUCUGUACUUUAACAGCAAAGAAAUUUUUUUUUGGGGACUUUUGGAAUUACAGGAUAAAAAUCUGAUUAAAAAAAAAUGUGCUUAUUUAAAAAAAAAUUUAAUGACUACAUGACUGCUUUCACUAUGCUGUAACUGUGUAUCAGUCUGUUAUUUUAUUAUUGAACCAGUAGCACAAAGUAUUCAGAAAUUCACAUGACUAGAAAUUUUCAUCUUAUCAUGUUUGACUCAGACAAGACUGUUUAUUGUUUUGUCUUUGUUUUGACUAUGCAUGAUUUGGUUUAAAAGAGAACUGGAAAUGAGUAACACAGUGAAUACAGAUUUAUACUGAAGUCAAUACACGUUAAUAGCUUUUGCAAUAAAUGUUAUUAUAUUCAUCAAUUCCUGCUACAAGAAAAAGCAGAAAUUAUUUUACUGUUUUGGAAAAGCUUUUUAUUUUAUUAUUUUAUUAUUCUAUGAAACUUUCUUCUGCAAGAAUUUCUCCUAAUGAAAAAAAAAUUGUUGAGUAAUAGUGUCGUGUUUAUUGGAGAUAAGAGCAGUGAUAUUAGUGGUGUUGCCUUGUAUUUAUUGUAUUUGUUCAA